AUGCGAUCGUUCUUGGAGUUUGCUUCACACCACACCGUAGAAGAGCUGCAAGCCUUCACCUCCCAAUGGGUUCCUCAUCCCCAAUGGAUAAGGGUAGACGCCGUUGAAAUAUCAGAUGAAUUUCUGUCCCGAUCAGCGGAAUUAAUUCAAGCCCAACUGGGACCAGACGGCAUCGCCCAGGUCGGUGGUAAACAAUGGUGGCAAUGGAGAAAGCCAAAGUCGACCUUUGAGGCGGAAUGGAUUGAGAUGCGCUCUCAUUACAAUGCAAGAAAGGCAACUGAUGACCCUGGGAGGCGAGUUAUGUUAUUUGUGCAUGGGGGCGCUUUCUACUUUGGAAGCGUCGAUGAGCACCGAUACCAGUUGCAGCGCCAUGCACUCCAAGACUCGAGCACGAUACUGUUGGCGGGCGAUUCUGCCGGUGGAGGGAUGGUACUGUCCAUGCUUUGCGUCUUGCGAGACCGGGGUGUUCCUCUUCCUGCUGGCGGUAUUCUCAUCAGUCCAUGGGCUGAUCUCAUGCACUCAUUCCCGAGUUCUGCUGCCGAUGCUCCUUUUGAUUACAUCCCGCAGUCUGGUUUCCAUCACAAACCUUCUCGAGCUUGGCCUCCUCCAAAUGAUGACGACAUUGCCAUACUACGAGGGGAAGCAGUCAAGCGAGCGAACAAAACGGUAGCCAGCAACAGUACAAGAGUACCUUCUGCUAGGGCGAGUAGUUCAAAACCUACCAAUAGCGAAUCCACAAAUACAGACAGCACGAGGGAUUCUGCGGCGAGUGCGACCCGGCCGACCAAGUAUUUGACUGUCAGUAUGGAUGGUAAAUCAGUAACUAUCAAAGACCAAAUUCAGAUAUACACGACAAAUGCCCUCUUGGACCAUCCUCUUGUCAGCCCUAUCAUGCAAACGACUCUAGGUGGACUGCCCCCGUUGUUAAUCAUGGUUGGAGGUGGCGAGAUUCUCCGCGACGAACAAGUCUAUCUGGCCCACAAAUGUGCUAAUCCCAGGAAAUAUACACGACCAGUUGAAACCCUUUCAGAAGAGGAAAUUGAGCUACUGGAAAAGUACAAGCCCACAGAUGUUCAACUGCAGGUAUGGGACGACUUGUGCCACGCUGCUCCCAUACUCAGUUUCACGAGGCCCGCCAAGUUCAUGUAUAGGUCUAUUGCUCAAUUUGGUGCUUGGGCUUUGGCUAGGGCUCAGAAAAGAGGCAUCGACAUUCUGGACGAUGAUGAUAUCUCAGUCAUUUCCAAGUCAGGUUCCGAUACAGAUGUUGCACAGAAUGUUCAGCACAGGGAAGGGGAAGAGCGACAAGCUGAACGGCAAGAGCCUGGACAAGUUGGCAAAGCUGGCGACCCCUUGCCGCACUUUACAAACCACAUGGUUCGACAACGAAUCACGCGCCACGGUGCAAUUCUUCCAUUGGCUGCGGAGUCAGAACUUCCUGGCUGUCGUAUGAAUUCUUCUAACAUCGGUGUAGCCAUGGAGGGCGCCGUGAGACGGUGGCAAGAGACCAGAGGACAAUGGGACAGCCGUUAUACAUCUUCGAAAAUGAAAGUGCACAAGAAGAUUAUCAAGGACAUGGUGACAGGAUUCCAAGACUUUGGAGCGGGGGAGAACCCCCCACCCACAGCCCUCGCCGGCAGACGGUUAAUCGAAUCAGACAUUGUCGAGAAGAAAAGAACCAGGAGCAUGGGCCUAGCGCUUUGGUCAUUUUGGGGAUCCAAGCAUGACAAGCUCACCGUUGAGCGCGAAAAGGAAGCCGAUAGGACACCCGAAUCACAGGACGUGGACGUUGAUGAGGGGCGAGGGGCAAGGUCUUAUCAAGACAUUGAAUCCCAACAACUCGAAUCUUCAAAACCGGAUAUUGCAAGCAGAAGUAGGUCUCGUCGCAGAACUGUCAUUGAUGAGCAUCAAACAGAGGAGUCUGGCGUGGACGAGAAUACACCCGUGGCACAGUUAAUUGAGCAACGCAAGGAGCAAGAAGCUACUCAUCCCGGACGACUGAGUCCCGACUACGCCCCUGAAACUGGAGUGGCAGGAAAGCGUCCGUAUAUAGACGGUAUUGCACUGCCGUUUAGCCUUAAGAAGGAUGCUGAAACAGCAAGCAUGGUAACAUUGACCUCAGCAAUGACCCCUGCAGGAGAGGGCUAUCCUCCUAUGAGUCCACAGGAAUCUUUCGUGGAUUUAUCUGGUCCUCCAGAGUCGGAGGAUCAGGCGAGAGCCGAGCAGAUGCUAGCAGCCAGAACCACUCGGCCAGCCAUUGAGAACUCUGAAAGGGAUCAAGUUCCUCAGGUCAGGGAGCCAGAGCAGAGUAAGGAAGCAGAUGCUUCCAAGUAA